AUGGACAAUGUGACACCUGGAAUCCCUCAAGGUGAUACGCAUCUGAAAGACUACAACUAUCUGGCCCUCGUCCUCGGUGUCCCCCUAAUCCUGGUCAUCAUCGUGGGGAAUGUCCUGGUGUGUCUGAGCGUGCUCACUGAGCGCUCCCUGAAAACUGCUACCAAUUACUUCAUCAUCAGCCUGGCGGUCGCCGACCUGCUGCUGGCAGUGCUGGUGCUGCCGCUCUACGUCUACUCUGAGUUUCUGGGGGGUAUCUGGACGUUGAGCACCUUUAUUUGUGACGCUCUGAUGACGAUGGACGUGAUGCUGUGCACUGCCUCCAUCCUCAACCUGUGUGCCAUCAGUGUGGACAGGUACAUAGCGGUGGUGGUCCCUCUGAAGUACAACAGGAACCAGUUCAGUGUCCGUCAGCUGGCCCUCAUCACUGCUACGUGGGUGCUGUCUCUGGGCGUGGCCAGUCCGGUGAUCUUUGGUCUGAACCGGGUUCCGGGUCGAGACCCGAGCGUGUGCAAACUGGAGGACGACCGGUUCGUGGUGUACUCGUCCAUCUGCUCUUUCUUCGUGCCUUGUCCCGUGAUGCUCUUCUUGUAUUAUUGGAUGUUUCGAGGCCUGCGGCGAUGGAGCAAUCGGCAGCGCUCAGCCGGGCGAGCCGGUCGUCGAGCCCUCUCUUUACAUCUCGGCUUGGCUCUUCGGCGGGCGAAGAGUCAAGAGAAGCCCGCGUUCGCCGAGCCGGCUGGACUCAGCCCAACCUCUCCAUCCACCGUCUCCAUGACGACACCCUCUGCGACCCCAGUGUCAGAGGAGCGGCAGGAGGGAGCGAGGGUCACCGUGGAGAGCGACCCGAUGACGACGCAGAUCGAACCAGACGGCGAGCCCACACAGAGGAUCAACAAUGGCCCGAUGAAGACCAACGCUGCAAAGAGACGAAGAAGAAAUAGCAAGAGCAUCCGAGUCAGCGGCAGAGAACGAAAAGCCAUGAAGGUCCUUCCUGUGGUCGUUGGUGUUUUUCUGGCCUGUUGGACACCUUUCUUCGUUGUACAUGUCACCAAGGUAUUGUGCCAGUCAUGUGACAUCAGCCCCACCCUCAUUUCCGUGGUAACGUGGCUCGGCUACGUCAACAGCGCCGUCAACCCAAUCAUCUACACCGCCUUCAACGCCGAGUUCAGGAACGUCUUUCACAAGCUGCUCUGCUGUCGGACAUAA